UGAACAUUUGGUCCAUAACUCGCCGGAUUUGAAUAAGUAACGAUGAAACAAAGAUUUGGAUAUUGUAAGUUGUAAAUAUUAUAUAGAUUCCAAGAAAUAUAUAAUAAAAGGCAAAAUAUUCGUCGUAAAAUACGGAUAAUUAUUUGACAGUUGGUAAAGAGUAUAACGGAAAAUUAUUUUGAAUACUCUCCCUUUUGUCUGUUAUUCAAAGACUUUUCUCUAUUAAAAAAAAAUAAGUUGAACAAAGAGUAAUAUUUUAUUGUGUCAAGUAACUGCAAGAAAAAUGUCUUUACAAGAAAUAAUUAUUACGCAAAAUGAAUUAUCUAUACAAAUAAAUAGCGCCUUAUCCAAUUUCAAGAAAUCGAAAGCAAGAACAAAUAAGUCAUAUAUUGAAACAAGAUUAGAUUUAUUAGAAGCAAACUUUCAAUUAUUCAAAAACAACCAUCUUGACAUUACGACAAAGGCAACGCAAGAAGAAAAGAAAAGUUUAACAUAUUUUCAAGACGAUACGUAUUAUAGUUGUGAAGAUGUCUAUCUCGAGUUUAAGACUUUGAUGAAAGAGAAGUUAGAAGAAUUGUUUUUAAAUUCGUCGACUUCUAUGAAUAAGGGAGAUGUUCCUGUCUCCACAGCUCCAGGUAACAAUUGAAAUACCUGCCUUUUCAGGAAGUUACAAUGAGUGGACAGGCUUCUAUGAUUUAUUCAAGUCGUUGAUACAUAAUAAUACACUGUUGUCAAAUAUAGAAAAAUAUCAUUACCUGAAAAGUACUUUGAAAGGCGAAGCAGAGAAUUUAUUAAAGCAGUUUCCAUUAACAGAAGCGAACUAUGAGAAAGCAUUAGAAGUAUUGGAGUCAAGGUAUGAUAACAAAAAACUUAUAGUAAAUUCGCACAUCACACGUCUACUUAAUCAAAGGAAGCUUACGUUAGAGUCAGCCAAAGGGUUAUGCGCAUUAUUAGACACUACGAAUGAAAUAUUGAAUGCACUUAAUAAUGUUGGCGUAACAACAACAAACUGAGAUCCUCUUAUCACACAUAUCAUUGUAGCAAAGUUCGACAAUGAUAGUCAACGUUUAUGGGAACAACAGUUAGCAGGGACUAGAGAUAUUCCAACUACUAAGCAGAUGUUAGAUUUUUUGGAUGUAAGUUUCAGAUCGUUGGAGGCUUUGAAUGCUACACAACACAAAGAAGUUGUUACGCGUCAACCGUCUAUCAGAUCGUUCAAAGCGGAUAUCGAAGUCAUUUGUUCGUUUUGUUUGAAAGAUCACUACAUCUACAACUGCAAGGAGUUUGUGAAAUUGAGCCCAGAAGAACGUAGAGAUGUAGUCCAAGAGAAACAACUAUGCUUCAAUUGUCUUGUACCUGGGAUAUAUGCUCAGAUUAUUAAGGAGGGGUUAAAGAGAUAUGGUUCAGUCAUAGCACAGAAUUCGCAUCACGGUUGGUUUAUUUCAGGAAAAGUUGAAGAAUGUGUGUGCAGUGUGCUUUACACUGAAACUAGAGAAGUUGUUUUAAUGAACAGCCAACAUGAGACAGAUAAGACAAUAGGACGAUUCUGGAAAUCUGAAGAACUACACCCUAAAAAUCGUAAAAAGACUGCACGUGAAACAGAGUGUGAGGAGAAACCUAAAAGGAGACAUUCUCUUACUGACGGGGUGCGUUCUAUUUUAAAGUGUAUGGCUCACUGCUCGGAGUAUCAAAGUCUCUUGCUGUCAAACGUUUGUUGCAAACUGUACAAGCCUUUAGAGGAAUGAGGAUUUACACAAGCGUUAUAGAGGUUUUAUGGAUGACUAUGAAGAGUUACAAGAUAUGAAAAAGGAUAGUUUUAAGAAAAGAAAGAAGAACUACCAAGCCUCGUGUUAGGAUUGAUUUAGAUGAGAGACAAGUAUAAGAGCAUCUUUGAAAAAGCAUAAGUAAUUGUUUCACAUUUAUAAAAUAAAAAUACUUAAAUUUUUGGGAUAGCGAAUAAAUUUGUAUACGUAAUAUUUUGCAAGAAGUUUUGACUGCAUUACUGCAGCGGGGGGAAUGGUUCGGUGCAUACAAUGUUCUGAACAAUGUUUGAAUGUAAAUGAUAUGCAUGAAUAAGUUAUUCUACAAGAGGGUAUUAAUUGUUUGUUACUAGGAGAGAAAGGAUAAAGAGCAACGUUUAUAUAUUGAACAACAAGUGUAAGUAGCAGUAACGUCUGUAAUGAAUUUUAUAAGUACUUUACGGCUAAAAAUUAAUACAGUCCAUUGUUUAAUGAUUUUCUAAACAAUUUUAAGAAUGAUUGAAUGAAAUACCUAUGCAGUCCAUGAAUUGUUGUAUUAGAAUUUAAGAAACAUCAUUUUAAAAUAAUAAUAAUGAACUAUCGAAUGGUGUAUGUGUUUCUUAAUCAAAUCUAUUAUAUAUUAUGUUGUAUGUAUGUAUGAUGAUGUAGACAUAAGGAUGUGCUUAUUCAUCAUUAUGCUUGAUUUUUGUUAGUUUAUUUUUGGUAAAUUUAUAUAAUUGUAUUUUUUAAAUAGACCAUUGACUAUUGCUUCAAAUGUAGCUAUUGAGGUCCACAUGCUGGAUAGAAUAAUUAAAUGUCAGAUCUUUGUGAAGCUACAUGUUAAAGCAAUACAAUUUGUUAUAAGAUAUGCAACAUCUAGAUCUACUUAUCGAGUAUCGGGUAAUUUGCCGGCAAAAUAAGUCAUUGUUUUUAAAGCGUUUAUGUUGAUUUCCGAUACAAAUAUUUAAAAUUUGUCAUUUAAAGUCAGAAAUUUGUUUCGAAUUUUUUAUCUAAGUGUUCGAAGAUCUAUCUAUUCAAGAUAAUAAUUUUAUAUACUUUGUUUAAGUUUAACGCAAUGAUUAACUAAUAUGCAAUGAAUGUUAAUGUCGCCCUACGUAAUUUUCAUAAUACGUUUCAUUUCGUAGUAUAGUGUGAUGUGUAAACAACCGAACUUCAAAAAGGAGAAGAAGAUUAGCAAUUCGUAAAUAUAUUUUUUAUCCUUAUUAAAUCCUUUUUGCGAUUGUAUAUA